AGCAAAAUAGUGGAUAGAGUAUAAAAGGUGGGUGCUUCAUAGGACUCUUCACCACACCUUGGCUCAUCUUAGCUCUCUCAUCAAUCACCGUCUGAGGUAAGUUGAAGACAACGAGGAGGUUUCCUUGUCUGAUUUUGUAGGUUUCAGCCUUUGUGUUAGAGAUAGGAUGCUACUUGUUUUUCAGGGUAUCUGCUGAUGCUACAGGAACACCUGCAUGGUCUCCCCUGCAACAAUAAAAACCAGGGGAGAGAUCUCAUCCGAGAGGUGGCCAAUGUGGUGCUUUCUUGAUGUUGUUGGACUCUCAGUGCCCAUCACCUUGACCACCGGCCAGGCUGGCUGGGGUUGAUGGGAGACGGAGUUCAGCAACAUCUGGAGGACCUCGGCCUUUAAAUUUCUGUAAGUGCCUUUAAUAUGUGAUCCUUGAUUGGUGGGGCAUGUGUCUAGGACAUGGACGGGGAGCCAGAUGUUGCUGGUCUACAGCUCCCUUCAUCCCUAAUUAUUGACCAUGCUACCUGGAGGUGAGGGAGUCUUAACAGCACCUGGAGGGCCACGAUGUUGGCGCUCCCUGCUCUAAGACAGUGUAUCCUAAGCUUGUGCUCUCCAGUUGUUUUGCACUGUAGCUCACAUCAGCCCCAACAUUGUGGCCGAUAGCCAGGGCUGAUGGGAAUUGUAGAUCCAGACAUCUGGAGGACACUCAGUUGGGCAAGAAUGUCUAGGAUCAGAGGUGGAUUAGAAUAUUAAGUGGCUUAGAAAAAGUGGCUUAAAUAAUAACUAAACAAGGGGGUAGGAAUUUGGGAUCUUAACAUACAAUGUGUCUUACUGUAGAGGGGAAAGACUCUCGCCAGGUGACCUGCCUAUCUCCUCAAAUGACCUGUCCAGGUCCUAAGUCUGGACGAACCACUUGAAGGCACUCACUAUUUAGAAUCUGUUAAGAUAAUUAAAGGAUAGAAAGCAGAGGAAGACGGAAAGGAAUUGCUGAAACAAUUAACAGAAGUGGAAUACAAAAAGGGAGGUGUGAGGAAGUCAUUGAAAUAAGUGAAUGAAAGAUAAGAUAUUGAAAAUGUUUGAUGUGUUUUAAACUGUUUUUGUUUUGUUUUGUUAGUUUAAUGUGUUAGUGUUAUGUAGUGUUUUUGUAUUGUAUUGUAUUGUUCAUUUUUUUUGGUAGUGUUUAAAUUGUUGGAAAAGUAAUAAAUAUUUUCAAAAAAAAAAAGGGAAAAAAAGAAGGCACUCACUUGUGUGUGUUUUUAAACCAAAUAUUUAAACGAGACAUGAACUGUUUCUUUCGUCUAAAAUGAGAAUCUAUCUAUAUCUAUCUAUCUAUAUCUAUCUAUAUCUAUAUCUAUCAUCUAUCUAUCUAUCUAUCUAUCUAUCUAUCUAUCUAUCUAUCUAUCCAGGAUUGCCUUUGACAAAGGCAUUCUGUUAGGUGGUGAACCUGUGGCUCUCUAGAUGUUGCUCUAAAUUAGUUGCAUAUAACCCACUGGCCUCAUUCCACUAUUGCUGCAAAAAAAAUGCCCCCGGCAUCAAUAUUUCACCAUAAUCUAGGUUACUUCCAGGAAACUCCAUGCCCUUCCCAUAUACUCAAAAACAGGUUCCAUAUUAUUUUUAUGAGGCUCUAAGUAAAGAAUACAAAGUAUUUCUUCAUAUUAUGUGCAAACUUGGUGUCGAAUGGUCACAAGUUUGUUGUGGGGGGGAGGGAAGGCCCCCCAGGUGUGUUGCUGAAGGAAGAACUUCAUCAUAUAUCUUGAGCAAGAGGUGACUGGUUUGAGGGAUCAAAGAUUUCACAACUAGGGGUGGUAGCAAAUUACUUGAUAGAGUAUAAAAGGUGGGUUCUUCAUAGGACUGUUCACCACACCUUGGCUCAUCUUAGCUCUCUCGUUAUUCCCAUUAAUCACCGUCUGAGGUAAGUUGAAGACAACGGGGAGGUUUCCUUGUCUGAUUUUGUAGGUUUCAGCCUUUGUGUUGGAGAUAGGAUGCUACUUGUUUUUCAGGGUAUUUGCUGAUGCUACAGGAACACCUGCAUGGUCUCCCAUUCAUCAUCUUUAUUUCACCUGGGUCAGAGACUCAGUUUGGCGUGCGCGCACAGACACAGAGACUGGAAGCCUCAGUGGCACCCCUCUGGAGGCUUCAUCCAGGGCAAAAAACCUGGCUAGCUCCCUUUAGCUACAGCUCUGCCCCUGACCAUCAACCAUGGUGGCUUGGGCUGAUACAAGUUGGAGUCCCAAGUCACAGGUCCAUCUAGCCGAGUACUUUCUGCACCAGACUAGAGAGCCCAUCUAUCUGGGAUUGUCUCUAAUGAAGUUGUUCAAUUAGUGCAAGGAUUUCCACUAGUGUAAUGGAGCUCCUCUCCUCUACUUGUCACCCCCAUCAAACCUGUUGUGGAUGUUCUACCAGCCCUACAGAGGAGGUCCGAGGAGAGCACAGGAAGAGCACAGGGAGAUUAAGUUCCAUCAUUCAAGUGGAAAUCCUUGCACUAACUGAAAAACUUUUUUGGAUCUGGAGCAAUAUAUUUCAGACUAGACUUAGCAGUGCCUAUGGUUUUACAUUCUCUUGAAUCUUGUUGCACCAGUGCAUCAUGAAAACUCCUUAAUUUCUCAAGGCUGUCUCUCCACUCUGCAUCCAACUGUAUUAGUCAAUUUUUCCUUCCUUCCUUCCUUCCUUCCUUGUCUCCAGACUUUGUUUAUCCAGUCUUCAGUGGUUGGAGUCAUUCUAUUUUCCCAGUCAUGGCAGAUAGUUAUUAAAUAUUAAAUUGAUAUUAAAGGAGACAUUUAAUGGACUUUUUUGCAUUUAUUCUUAUGCUCUUCUUAUGUCUAUUUAGGUUACCAACAGAAAACCUUCAAAAUGUCCAAGUCCAAGACUCAGAUGCAAGUUCUGGCCGAUGGGCUGAUUGACCUCUUCCAUAAGUAUUCUGGGAAAUCUGACACCAUCGACAAGAAGGAGUUCAAGAAGAUGAUCAACGAGCAGUUUCCUGACUGCGUUGAGGUGAGGUGGAGAUAAGAUGGGCGUGGGCAAUUGUUGGGCACUUGAAGUCAGAGGUGACACAUUGGCAUCAAUGUGCAGCAUGCCUCUGGGAAUGUUAAGAUAGUGAUCAGCACCUCAGCAAGGCAGCACUUGGAAGUGAGCUAGGCUACCCUGUUAGCGAAGUAUAUUUAGGGAUGGAUGGAUACGUCCAUUUCAGUGGGUAUCAUUUUUUCGUUUUCUGUUAAAUCCAGUUCUCCACAUUUUGAACAUGUAUUAAAAAAAUUAAAUCCUCUUUUGGCAAAGCAAUUUCCCCUUAUAAUGAUUUUUUUUGGUAUGCUAUUUUUACUAAUCUAUUUUAAACACACUUUGCCAUAGUAAAAAAAAAGAGUGAGUAGUAGUAGUAGUAGUAGUAGUAAUAAUAAUAAUAAUAAUAAUAAUAAUAAUUUUUAUUUAUACCCCGCCCUCCCCAGCCAAGGCCGGGCUCAGGGCGGCUAACAAGCAAUAAUAAAAACAAAUUGAAUGAACACAAUGUAUAUAGUACAUGCAUUUCUUAACACUUAGCUGGAUAAGUACAUUCCAGAAUCUGAAGAAAGGUGAAUUUGGCAGGGUGAGAUUCAAAUGUGAACUGGAUUGGAUUUCUCCCCUGUAGAUAGAUAUAGAUAUAUAGAUAUACAUCUCAGGAGAUUUGGGGGCUCAGGCUUCUCAGACAUUCCUGAGAGCCAGUGUGGUGUAGUGGUUAAGAGCAGUAGCCUUGUAAUCUGGGGAACCAGGUUCGCGUCUCCGCUCCUCCACGUGCAGCUGCUGAGUGACCUUGGGCCAGUCACACUUCUCUGCAGUCUCUCAGCCCCACUCACCUCACAGAGUGUUUGUUGUGGGGGAGGAAGGGAAAUGAGACUGUUAGCCGCCUUGAGACUCCUUAAAGGGAGUGAAAGGCGGGAUAUCAAAUCCAAACUCCUCUUCUUCUUCUUCAUUCUCAGAUAAAGUCUCUGAGAAAAGCAAUGCUCCAUGAGACCUAAAGCCCAAUUAGUCUAGCAUCUGGCUCUCACAGGGCCCAACCAGAUGUCUCUGGGAAGCUUACAAGAAGAAGCUGAGCACUAAAAGAGGAAUAUACCCCCCUUUAAAUGACCUGAUUAUUAAAAGAGAAAGUUUUCUUUUCCUUUUAAAAUAUUCUGCAUUUUGAACUCCUUUAUGUUGCUGUUCAUUUGGGUCUGCGUUCAGCUUCUGCUGAUGUUACUUUGCAUUAAUACCAUUCUGUUAAACUGGUAGUGGGGAAAUUUUCAGUCCUCCGGUUGUGGCUGAACUACAACUCCCAUCAGCCCCGGCAAGUAUGGCCAAUGACCAGGGGUGAGGAUGGGACGUGUAGUCUUGAUGAUGUCAAGAGGUUCUCCCCAUCUAUGGCAAACCUUUGUUUCGCGAUGGUCUGAUGUCUUAGAUGCAUAUCAACAAAUUUCAACCUGAAACCUUUUGUUCCUCCAUUCCUUCUCCUCCCUACAGUACCCACAAAAUCAGCAAGGGAAAGACAAGCUCUUCAAAGACCUGGAUACAAACAAAGAUAACGAAUUGAGUUUUGAAGAAUGGACCCGUCUGGUUGGGUCAUUCCUCUCUUGCUCCCACGUUAAGUUCCACCAGCAUGAGGGACAUCACCACCACCACUGAGAAGAGACCCAGCAGGUCCUCCAGGGGACUGUGGUCAGGGGCAUGUUGGAUACCAACCUUCCAAACAAACAAAGACCCCCUGCCCAUAUCCCCUGGCUUGAAAUGUAAUGUUUUGGCAAUAAAAUAAGAAAUAAUCAUUUAACUUGGAAA